AUGCAUCUCCCAGGCCUUAUGGUACUGUCCAUGGAAGCCACCGCACUCGCACUCCCUAGCCCGCAGGACUUGGAAGCCGUUAAAAAUAAAAGCCUUGGUCCUAGAAUCAAUAAAGUUUCCGCUAUAUACACCGAGUCUACCUGUUCACGCGAAAGCACACCCGAAAGCAUUGUUCAAGGCAUUCUAUUCCUUCAUGAGAAUUCAAAGUGCACAAAAGUCGAUCCUAAGCCAGGUCCCAUCUUUGUCUACGCGGAUGCCGGUAUGACAUGCGAGGCGUUUGGGGAGGAGCGCUGCAAUGGAAAGUCGAACCAGUUCCGCCUGGAGCUCAAUGCUUGCCAGCCCGUCCCCGGCGAGACUAAGUCGUUUCAGUGCAUUAAAGAGUCGAGCAAAGCAUAG